UGACUGCAGUUUGACAGCAACGACUCGCUUGAAAUAGCCAGAAAAGGGCUACAUAUACGAGGGGAAGCGGAGUGCGGCUGAGUCCAGGGCAAACCCGGACAGGCCGAGGAUUGCAGAUAAAACGCUCGCUUUGUCCCGAGAGAUUCAGGACGUUGAUCAACGGUGCACCGUCUGCGAUCGCAUUAUGAGUUCGAAUAUCUUUGAGAAUCUGCAGUCGCCUGUUUCUCACGAUGCCGACUUGGACAAGGGCUGGCAACAGAUCUCGGAGAAGGGCGACGACCCGGUCACUGUCCUCUUCGGUUCCCUAAUGGAGAUAUACUGGGCUGCCGUGGUAGAUGAAAUGGCAAAUGCGAUUUUGGCCUUUGACGAUUACAAGACUUUCAUUCCGGGGGGGUUACAGGAGCUGGCUGAGGAGGCGCUGGAGAGUGAUUAUCUGCGAGAAUUGCUGGACUUGUGGGAUCCCCUGGGGCUGCCGAAAGAGGUCAAAGAUGAUUUGUGCCAGGGCAUUUUCAGUAAUGUAAAAGAGCGACAAAACGUAUCCCAGGAUGAGUUGGUUGCCCGCUCAUUGCUUCAGGCGUGUGGAUUUACGGAUUAUGAUUAUGUUCAAGAAUACAGAAGACCGACGUUUCCAUCGUUGGGACCAGCACCCCAGGGUACAUACAUACCUGCAAGCCUUUCACCUCCACACUUGUAGACCACUGAUUGAAAUACACAGUCGAUACAAGAUUCCCCGGAGUAUAUGAAGCUGUGCAGUGCUCCGAAUGCCGAUUUUGUAUUCGGUCCUUCCACUUUUAUGAGUGCAAAAAAGGAUGCAUCGAUU